UCCCCUCAAUGAACGAGUCAGGGAGGCAAAGCUGAGUCAGAGCAAAGAGGGAACAGGGGCAGCCGUAGUUUUUCUUCCUCUGAAAGUUGUUUCAGCCUUUCUAAAUAGGUUUGUUUUUUUUUUUCCUCGCCACAUUCCGGUAAAGGAGGCGGCUCGGCAAAAUGAGAUAUAUCAUAGGAAUCGGAGGUGUCACCAAUGGUGGUAAAACCACCCUGACCAACAGGCUCAUCAAGGCUCUCCCCAACUGCUGCGUGGUCCACCAGGACGAUUUCUUCAAGCCACAAGAUCAAAUAGAAGUCGGGGAAGACGGCUUUAAACAAUGGGAUGUGUUGGAUUCCCUGGAUAUGGAGGCCAUGGUGAGCACGGUGCGGGCCUGGAUUGAGAACCCCGUGAAGUUUGCCCGUUCCCACGGGGUGAAUGUCACACCUGGCUCUAAAGAGCCAACUUCCCAAGAUAUCCAUAUAUUGGUCAUUGAAGGCUUCCUGCUUUAUAAUUACAAGCCACUGAUUGACCUGUUUGACAUCCGGUACUACCUGGCAGUGCCGUACGACGAGUGCAAGAGGAGGAGGAGCACACGGAAUUACACCGUUCCCGACCCCCCCGGCCUCUUUGAUGGACACGUCUGGCCCAUGUACUUAAAACACAGGAAGGAGAUGGAGGACUGUGGUGUGGAUGUUGUUUAUUUAGAUGGCCUGAAGUCGAGGGAAGAACUCUACAACCAAGUCUUUGAAGAUAUUCACAACAAGCUUUUAAAUUGCUCAUAGGGUCUGGGAAGACCUGGAAGACCCUUGUACAGCCUGAUGUAAAUAAUACUUGGAAGUGGGAAGGAGGGUUUAUUUGUGUCAACUCUUCUCCCACUGCCCUUUGGCAAGUCCCUUCUGUAUAUAAUUGAAAACUGAGGAUAACUUAUUCCCAACCCCAUGGACAGGAUGGCCUUGGUGGGGUCUUGUUUUGGGGUUGUUUUUUUUUUUAAUUUAAUUAAUUAUUUUAUAUUCCAAAGAGAAGCUGGAAAAAAAGCAUUUUUAUAGCAGAACGAGUAGAGCUGCGCUGGGAAAACAACAGAUCUGUUUUUGUGCUUCUGCAGACAGAAAGGCUUCAGGCAACGGCUUGUUUGUAACAUCACCUCUCAAAUUCAGUAAAAAUCCACUUGAAUCUC